AUGGACAAGCAUCAGCUGACAUCGAUACCCAGAAAAGGUUGGCUGAUGCAAUGUGGCCGGAGGGAUAUUGUCCAUGCCAUCUAUCGCGAGGGUGGAUUCUCGUCCGUGGCUGCCCGCAUGGGCGUCGACAUGAAUCGGAAGAAACACCGACAAUGGGGCAGCAUGCAGGAAGUGGUUGAAGAGCUCAAGGCUUUCAUGGAUGCCAGCGGCUCAAAGGACAAGGGAGAGGCUGCCCACCUUCCAACACGGGCCCAGUUGGAAGGGGCUGGGCGAGCCGAUCUGGCGUAUGCUGUGCAGAAGUACGGCCAUUGUGCCCUGUCUGAGUUGGCUGGCAUGGAGCCCAGAAAGGUUGGGACGCACAACAGGGCCUGA